ACCCAAAAACUCAGUUUUACCCAAUUUAGGAACAAUCACAGAACAAGACGGCCAAGUAAGAAAAAAUGGCGGAGGAACCUAUUACCACCACUCUCGUUACACCGGAAAAGCAAACAUCAUCGGAUGCACCGGAGUCUACUCUACCGAGAGAGGCUGAAGCUCCCAAGAGUGUGACUGAGACUGUGACUGAUUUGCCGGAAGCCACCACCAAGCCGGAAGAAGAAACCGCGGCGGCUCAGCCGGAAGAGCAUCAUCCACCGACGGUGACGGAGACGGAAACUGCGUCGACGGAGAAGAAAGAGCUUGGAGACGAAGAAGCAUCGAGUAAGGAAGUAGCUGAAGAGAAGAAGAGCAUGAUUCCACUGAAUCUUGGUUCAUUCAAAGAAGAAAGCAGCAAACUUUCCGAUCUAUCAGAUUCCGAGAAGAAGUCACUCGAUGAACUCAAGCGUCUUGUGCGAGAUGCUUUAGACAAUCACCAAUUCGGCUCUACCCCUAAGCCUGAUGACGCCGCCGCAAACACUCCAGAAGAAGUCACGAUUUGGGGAAUCCCGUUGCUCGAAGACGACAGGAGCGACGUCGUGUUGCUGAAGUUCCUAAGAGCUAGGGAUUUCAAGGUGAAAGACUCGUUGGCUAUGCUCAAGAACACGAUUAAGUGGAGAAGAGAGUUCAAGAUCGAUGAACUGGUUGAGGAAGAUCUUGUGGAUGAUCUAGACAAGGUUGUGUUUAUGCAUGGACAGGACCGGGAAGGCCACCCUGUUUGUUAUAAUGUCUAUGGUGAGUUUCAGAAUAAGGAGCUUUACAACAAGACGUUUUCGGAUGAGGAGAAGAGGAAGCAUUUCUUGAGGACAAGGAUUCAGUUCUUGGAGAGGAGUAUUAGGAAGCUAGAUUUUAGCUCUGGUGGGGUUUCUACUAUUUUUCAGGUUAAUGAUAUGAAGAAUUCACCUGGAUUGGGUAAGAAAGAGCUUAGAUCCGCCACUAAGCAAGCUGUUGAGUUGCUUCAAGACAAUUACCCUGAGUUUGUCUUCAAACAGGCUUUUAUCAAUGUUCCUUGGUGGUACCUUGUGUUUUACACUGUGAUUGGUCCGUUCAUGACACCACGAUCAAAGAGCAAGCUAGUGUUUGCUGGUCCUUCACGAUCUGCUGAAACCCUUUUCAAAUAUAUUUCACCCGAGCAAGUUCCUGUACAAUACGGAGGAUUGAGUGUAGAUCCUUGUGACUGCAAUCCAGACUUUUCGUUGGAAGAUGCAGCUUCAGAGAUCACUGUUAAGCCCGGAACAAAACAAACUGUUGAGAUCAUAAUCUACGAGAAAUGUGAACUUGUGUGGGAGAUAAGGGUAAUUGGAUGGGAAGUGAGCUACAAAGCAGAGUUUGUGCCAGAAGAGAAAGAUGCUUACACGGUGGUUAUACAGAAACCAAGGAAGAUGAGACCAUCCGAUGAACCGGUGUUAACCCAUAGCUUCAAAGUGAACGAGCUUGGCAAGGUUUUACUCACAGUAGACAACCCAACCUCUAAGAAGAAGAAGCUCGUCUACAGGUUCAAUGUCAAACCUCUCUAAGUUUUAGAAACAAAUAUCUUUCCAAACUUCAUUUUUACUUUACAAAAAAAUGGUUUCUAGACUUUUGUUGUUCUUUAAACAGAAGUGAGAUGCGUCUUAUAUGUGUUUGUAUAUGUGAGAGUGUUUGCAUUAUCAAUGUUAUGUAAUUUUAUGUGUGGUUUAAUACAAUGGAGCUGCUGCAUCUUUUGCUCUUGUAAUCAUUUGAGGAGAAUAUAUAUCUACAUGACUUCCUGAAAUAAAGAUCUUUAAAAUCUCAA